ACGCGCAGAUCGGUGUUUCCGGUAACAAACGGCGUUAAAACAGAACCGACCGGAGUCCACACGAACACAGCCGACUUAACUCGGGCGGUUCCGACCCGUUGACGGGUCUUCUUGGCUCCAGGACUUGUUUUUUUUCACAGCUGCGCAAUUAAGGACCGGAGAACCGGAGGACCGGGCGGGCUGCCCGGUAGAUUAACGCCGAGUCACCGGUCCCUCUCCCCGGACAGCUGAAGUUCUGACCCCGCUGGUUUCUGUGGAUGUUAUCGGAGAGAGCAUGGAGCCGGACCAGAACCUGUCCCGGUGUUCAGACACGCUGAGGUAACUGGACCGGGUCAUCUCACCGCACCGACCUGUUACCGGUCCAGUGUCCGGUGACUGGGAGGAUGAGCGGGUCUGCGGCUCUGCUGCUGCCGCUGCUGCUGCUGAUCAGCGGCCGGGAAACACUCACUGCUGCCCGGACACUGAACGCACCACGAAACGGAGCGGAGCAGCUGGAGGACGGGAGGACGGACGGUACCGGUACCGACGGCCUCACCGGGAGAGGUAACGACCGGAGAGAGAUAAACCUGAUUAAACUAUCCUAUCCAUGACCUUUGACCUGAUUAGGCCUGUUGCCCUGGUAACAGGGUAUUGACAUCAGUAUGUGAAUGUGUGUUAAAUUAGUGCUGCGUUCACGUGCUGCUCGGAUAAUCCAGCAGUUUAUGAAGCUCCUGAGACGUCAGAGAGUUUAGGUUAACCCUGUCAUCGUUAAAACAUUCAGGAUGAGGACAGCGGUUUAUUCUACUGACUUUACCAUUUCACUACGAAAUAACUGAGUAACUAACUAACUGAGUAACUAACUAAUUAACUAAAUAACUCAGUAACUAACUGACUGAUUAACUAACCAACAAACUACCUGAAUAAUCAAUCAAUCAGUUUAUGAAGUUUCUGAAACGUCAAAGAGUUAAGGUUCACUCUGUCAUUGUUAAAACAUUCAGGAUGAGAACAGCGGUUUAUUCUACUGACUUCACCAUUUCACUACUAAAUUACUGACUGAUUAACUAACUAACUAACUGACCGACUGACUGAGUAACUAACCCACAAACUACCUGAAUAAUCAAUCAAUCAGUCUUUAUUUAUAGAACACUUUUCAUACACAACCAUAUAGCACAGUGUUUUACACAGAAAAAGUAAUAAAUGAAACAAAAAAUACCCUGAUCUACCCCAGCACAACCCCUCAUCCCCACGAUCUAAACACAACAGAAACAGACACACAGUAUGCAAAACUUUAGAGAAAUCGACCAUGAGCUGAAAAAAUAAAUGCCACAAUAUUGCAGCAUGGGAAAACGUCGCUGAUGUGAAUGCUUGUAUUGACAGGAUACGGGUUAGAAAAAAAAUAUUGACAUCCGAAAUAAUUGCAUGAAAAAAAUGCUCCCGUUGUGAAAGGACCUUAACAGUGAAAGCACCUGAUGUUUUUAUAUAUUCGCACUUCUGUUUGUUUUAGUGAAAUUAAAUAAGUGGUUCAUGUUGUACUGCCCAACGACUAACUGUGAACACAGUGCUAUGGUGUUCGUACAAGUAAAAUACUGUUGUAAUUACAACUUGUAUCGCUAAUGACAACUACUGACAGCUGACAAUUAAAAACAACAGCGACAACGGUCGCUAAUGCAUGCUUUUAUCACCAGUCGUGUAGACUAUUUUAAUGCCCUGUUUUCUGAUCUUCCCAAAAAGAAUAUUUCAGGUCUACAAUUUUUACAAAAUUCAGCAGCAUGUGUCCCGACUAAGACCAGGAGGCAGGCCCACAUUACACCGGUUUUAGAAUCAUUGUGUUGGCUCCCCGUGUGUUUUAGGAUCGAUUUUAAUCUUCUUUUACUUGUUUUGAAAUGUCUUAAUGGUCUUGGGCCUUCUUAUCUUUCAGAACUGCUUUUACCUUAUGAACCUUCACGGAUCCUGCGCUCCUCUGGCAGCAGUCUCCGAGUCAUUCCCAAAGUCAGAUCACCCAGUCCAUAUGUCUGUCUGUGUCCACAGGUGUGGAGCGAUGGUGGCGCCCCCUGCUGGGGAGGACACGCCCCUUCAUCCUGGUGGGUGGGCAGAGGAGGAGCCUCGCUGAAGCUCUACAGGUGAGAGGAACCGGGUCAGUGCAGUAACGGGUUAUCACGAGGGUCCGGGGCUCGAUUCCUUUAGACCCCCUCAGGGUUCUGGUGGACUGCUCUAGUCCUGCACGGCUCAUGAGUCUCUGGGUCCACCUGUGGACCAUCAGUCAGUCUGUCAGACUCUAAAGUCCAGUUCACAACCAGAACCAACAAAUCCUCCUCCUGUCUCCUCCCUCAUUAACGCUCAGGCAGGAAGAGGGGGGGGUUAGGGGGCAGGAACACUUCAUGUGCAGCUGACAGAGACUCUGAGAUCAUUUCCUGUAAAAGCCCCCCUUCCCCCCACACACAUGACUCCACCCAGAACUGUGUGUGUGUGUGUGUGUGUGUGUAUGUGUGUCUGUGCGUGGGUGUGUGUGUGUUUGGGGGGGGGGGGGGGGACCCUUCAGCAGGGACUGAGGAGGUCCACACCAGGAUCUCAAAAGAAAGUUCUGGUGUGGACCUUGGGUCCAAAGUCUGUCCCUCAUCAUGUCCAAAGAUCUAACUGGGUUAGUCAGGACCUGGUCUGGUCUAGUCUGUUGAGGGUCCAGUUCUGAACCCAGCAGCCUGAGGAAACCGGGUCAGCAGGAUCAGGUCUUCUUAUGCAACCAAGAAUCUACAUGGACACUUAUAAAACCAGCUUUAUUGGAGGGAUAAUCCUGCUGAGUCAGCAAUUACAACAGUUCUGCUGGGUUUGGACUUUACCUGGUACCACUACAGGUCCUCAAGAACCAGGACUCGGUCCUCAGUCUGACCCUGUUCAUAUUUAAGGGGGUCUGGACCUGAAGUUGAUGGACCCCGGAGUCUGGAGGAGCAGAAGGGGAAAAGGUCUGAUCUAAGAGACCGAGGACCGGGCCUCAGUACAGAGUCCGGGGGAGGCCUGGGCCUUGGUACAGAGUCCGAGGACCGGGCCUGUGCCGACUGGAGCGCCAAAAAGGAGAAGGAUUCUGGGGGCCCAUGAUUGACAGGGAGGCCCCUAAGACGAUUAUUACACUGACAAAAUUACGGAGUGAUAAACUUACAGUUACAGAUAUGUAGGGCUGGGCGAUAAAACGAUAACGACCUAAAAUUAAUUUCCUUCAAUAUCAAUAUAAACCAUGGUCAAUCCGGCUGUUAAGCGUGACGUCAUUUUGUGAGCGGAGCGGCUUCCGGGUCCAUGGGGAAUCAGCCUCCAUUCACUCUCCAUUCAAAACAACAAUGGCGGAACCCGUGAAUCUCUUUAAAAUAACCUCCUUUUUCAGAAGGGAACCACUCAGAGUUAAAAAGGGACUUAAAGCUUUCAACUCGGAUAGAGUUAUUAACGUAAAUUUUAGUGAUGGCGAGAUGAAGCCUCAUGAAGCAUCGAAGCUUUCCAUCCAAUUACUCGCCUCCUGGGCCGAAGCUUGGUGAUCGUGCUUCAUUUGCUCUAUUGCGCCAUCAAGUGGACAAUAAAUGUAAAACGAUAAACCAAAGACACCCCAAGGCUUUGGUGCGCGAAGCUUUGAAUUCAAUGAAUGAAUGGAUGUGAUGCUGUGUGUUUGUGAUACAAUCAUAGACUGUAUACAGUCUAUGGAUACAAUACAGAAAUGAUGAAGUUAUUUUGUUGUCUUUGUUGUUGGGAGGAAAUCUGUAGAAUGAUAGUUUAGUCGCGGUUUUUGUCUCUGAUCAGUUUAAGCAGCAAGGGACAUAGCACUGAGGCAUUAUAACAACAACUCCGCUGGACCCAGAAGUGGAAAAAGAGAACGCGGCUACGUCACGGCUUAACAGCCGGAUAUGCUUUUCCAUGGUCUGCAUUCUGUCAUGUUUUGGUAGACUAUACGAAAAGCCAAUGAAAACAGGAGUUGCUCCGUGUCAACUUCGCUCUGAACCAAUCAUGUGCUGAAUUAGAACCUAGUAUCAAACAACUGCGUAGUAGCAGACAGCAGCUACACCCAACCAUAGCACUUUAACAGGUGAAGCUGACAGCACUGUGGAGAAAAAGGAAAUGAGUGCUACCCUCGACAGAUGACGACAUCGUCGACAACACUGGCACAAAAACGUUGGUGGUGUGGAGGAGUGGUGUGAGAGGAGCAAGAAGCCCAUAGCGCCUGUGCAGCCGAAACAGACGACCAUUCAGUACGCUUUCUUUAGAGCAACACCUUAUGACAAAACCUCGAAGAGACACAAAGACCCCACAGAUGAAGUAGAUUAUUGGUAGCAUGUCUUUUCCAAUACAAUAAACACUGUUAAAUGUCAUUUUUUAUAUCAAUAUCGACUGAUAUGAAAAAAAAAAUAUCGUGAUCGUCACAUAUAUUUUAUAAACAAUACAUCUGUAACUCUGUGUUAAUUUGUUGUGCAAAACAUUUCUUAAGCGCACCCCCCCACCCCCAUUUAUGUAAAAUGGUUCAUUCCACCCACACCAUUUUCACAGACGCUAAGAGAGAGAGGCCUCAAAAAUCUGAGUGCCAAAAACAAAAAAGGAAAUAAAGCCCAGACAGGAGAAUGAAACGAGGAGUCGUGGGCAGUAAUUGGUUCAUGUGAUUGAAAGUUCUGGAACAUUAGCCUGUUUUUGUCUAUACCCAACUUUGUCCAUAGUUUAUGAACGAGUUCACUUUUCUCCCAUAUGAGCUCAUAUUUCUGAAGAAAACUCAUUUUACUCUGUUUUUAGUUCAAUAAUCAACGCAGGCAAACAUUUGGUAAGCUGCUCUGCCUUUAGUCAGUUUGCCCCCAAAGACACAUUAAAGGUGGGGUAGUCAGGAUCUGAGGAAGUUCCAGUUUUUAGGAGAAAUCUUGAAUGUAAACUCUACCCCUCCCAACCAGUUUUCCCCUCAGCUCCUCCUCUCCCCUCCUGCUCUGCUCCAGCAAGCCCCGCCCACAAACAGACGCUCCUGCUCGCUCGAAUCAUUCCAAUUAAAUUCAGAUAUAAUGCAGAUAAAUACUUCAGAUAAUUACAAAUGGGGCCCAGUCAACGUGAAAGUAAAAAGCAUCGGUCCUACUGUAGAUGCCAACAGACUACUAGCAAACACAAUGGCCCUUAUUUUUUAAGCUUGCGUACAGCAGAAAACUUGCGUACACCUUGCGUACGAAAAUUUUGACGUAAGGAUCGGCAUUUAUCAAUCUGCACCUGAGCGUACGCUACGAUCAAAUCUCACGAUAGGUCUGACAUCAUGUACGCAAGUUUGAGUCAGUGUGGAUCUGUGGCGCAGCAAAUUUCUCGAAAUAAUUGAUAAACCUCAAACCUGUCAUUAAGAACAAUCAGCCAGAUUUCAUAAAGGUUAAGACGUAAAUAAAAUACAAUAAAAUAAUUUUUUUAUGUCCUACGUGAAUAGGCCUAUUUGAUAACUCUGCCCAGAAACACUGCAACAGAGCAGGAGUACCGUUUCAACAUUACGCACACACGCCACUGUGGAGCGUUGCGUUUGACCCCUAAAAGGCAGGUGUCUCCAUCUUCGCCUAGCAGCGGGGACGUUGUUGCACACUCCUGAAAGGGUGUGGGACAUCAUUUGGGCCAGUUCAGUUUUGCACAAUGUUGCACUGGCGAAUGGAGUGCCGUUGGCUGUGCUGGUGCAACGUGAGGAACCGAUGCCAGGAGAACAAUAAUGAGGAGAGACUCCUCAAAGGUAGCCUGGCUGGGCCAUGCAGUUGCGUGAAUCACUUGCCGUUCCUUCCCACAACAGUCUGGACUUCGGCCAAUUGGGAGCCCUAAAAGUGGGCGGGAGUAAUUUCCUUGAUAGACAGACUACUAUUACCAUCACCGUAACGAAACAUCUGACGUCAUCACAGUGCGCAACUGUGUUCCCUGCUGGGCUCUCAAGCAUCAAGUAAAGGUUUGGUAAUAUUUCAACGUGUGCGAGCAAACAAUGUCUUUUACGUCUUCUUCUGCGGAUAUAAACGAUUUCUGCCGACUUUGCAAAGUCAACUGCAGAAUCAACGGCGUUCUGAAUUAACAGUGUUCUGAAUGAACAGUGCUUUGAAAAGUCCUGCAGCAUGUGUUAGACGUCACCAUCUACACAUGGACCAAUCAGGGGCUGCCUUUCACUGUUGUCCGGCGAACAGUGGAAACACAGUCACUGAUUGGCCCAGUUAUUUUCUGAUUUCUAAUACACGCUCCCAAUUGGCCGAAGUCCAGACUGUUGUGGGAAGGAGCGGCAAGUGAUUCACGCAACUGGAUGGCCCAGCCAGGCUACCUCAAAGGUGCUGUACAGAGGAGACAGGACCUUAUCGAUGGAUUCUGACAUGUAAAGUAUAAGUUUAGAAAGUGCUCUUGCUGUUUAAUCAGUGAUAAAAAUCCAAUAGAAAUCCAUAAAAAUGUGCCUUAGGGGCAGCAACACACCGUUUGGUGACGUUAAUAAUUAUUUUUGUUCAGCUGCUGUCAGACUCUCCAGUCUGCACUACAUUACAAAGACACAACAAAUUAAAACUAAAUACUUUAAAUAAUAGGUGCAACGUACUAUAUGUCAUGGCAAUAAAAAAAAUAUGAGGCGUGUAUGAGAUAUUAAUUUAUCAUCACGAGCAACUUAUUGACUAAUGAUUUAUUAAUACUUCAGCCACUGUCCGCCAUUCCGCCGCAGCGCUGUUCACCGCCACCAUAAUCCUGCUCCAGACAGGAGUUUUCUGGACUGCUUUUAUACCAGUUUUGAUGCUUUCAAAGAGAAAAUCCUUGUUAGUUUCCACCACAGAUGUGAGGAUAUUUCAGCUCGGAAAAGUUUGGAAUCUUUCUAAUAUUUCUCCUCUUUCAUGUUUGACUUCGUACGCUGGGAUUGGUCAGAUACGAACCCUUUCAUAAAUCUCACGUGUGUCCUAUCGUUCUAUGAAUCCUGCGCUCAGAUCUGCGCUCAGAUCUGUGCAAGAUUGAUAAAUCAGGGCCAAUGUUUGCAGGACUUCUACAACUAGGAUAAAGUGACAUAGUCCAGGACCCGGGGUCAACAGUUUAGCGUGCUACAACACGCUACAGCAGGUGCCGUUUGACAAGAAACACUUCUGUUACAGACACUUGGCUUACUUUGUUAAAGCGGUUUACCCGUCCAGCACAAAGGUUACAAGGUCACCAAGAUCCCGAAGCGUCCCCCAUCGUUUAUGUUGACCCAGCUUUUUAGCUCUUGUCCGGUCUACCUCCUUUUUAAGCGCCUGUUAUUCCACCAGAGUCUCCGGUAAUUACUCUGUUUUCUUGCUUGUGUCGGCAGUCGUGGCCAAAGGAGGAUUCAGACAGUUUUCCGAACUUUCUGGUUGGUUUCUACAGUCCGAUAUUGUAGCACGCUAACUUUGUUUGGGCUCCUGAACACGGGGGAGCAGCGUCUGCCUCACAACCAAUCAGGUCGGGGAGGUGGAGAAUGGCUUUAUUUACAGUCAGAAAGAGCGGACCGCUCAAAAAUGUUAAAAUGUCGACUACACAGUCAAAAGAGAACACAGAGAUAUUGUUAUAUUACCAAAUGUCAUUUGGUAAUGACAUGUAUUGACUGUAACAGAUUUUUUGUAUAAAAAACAAAAAAUAAGGUGCUUCUUUUACGGAUUCCUGCCGACCCCACCUUUAAGAAGAACAGCAGCAACUGUCUGUUUUUUUUUUUUUUAGGUAAUUAUUCAUCAUAAAACUUGAUGUUCAAAUAUUUGAAAGAAAAGUUCAAUUUUGGGAAUAUAAUGUAUCAGUCUUUUCAGUUCUUCCCCUACCAACCAACUGUCAUGAUGUUCUUUCCACAAAUAUGGGAAUGAUGAUCGUCAAAAAUAUAAUUAAAAUGCAGUUUUAUGAAAAAUACUACAAACAUUUUCCCAGGGAGGGGCAGUAAAAUCCCUAGCUGCGCCCCUGUGUGCAGAGACCGAGGACAGGGCCCCCUUCUUGGCUCUGAAGAGCUUCAUAAACACUCGGACACUCAGACACAAAGACCUUUAGUGAAGGUUGGCACUCUAACGUCCUACAGAGAGGAGGUCAGUGAACGCCUCCGUGUGUUUAGACUCAGGAGGUUGUCAUAGAAACAGGAGAAAAGUCCAGAUCCUCCGUUCCUCUGUGUUCUGGUUUCCUGUUUGAGGCUAGCGCUGAGGUCGGACCUGCCCUACAUGACUCAGCCCCCCCCCCCCCCCCCGGCCUCCACAGAGUCCAGAGGGUGGAGAAAACAAACACGCCUCAGAGGGGAAUUCUGCUCCAGUUAAAGGAACGAAGGCCGGGGUCAUGUCCACAGACCGACUGAACCGGUCCAGAUGAUUGGACUUUGUUUUAGUCCAUCUGUGUGGAGGACUGGAGGUCUCAUGUGACCCUCUUCAGAGUCUACUGAAGUUCUGUCGGAGUUGGUUUUCUCAGUCAGAAGACAAAAAACUUCUUCUUCUCUGCUCUAAAACUGUAAUUUCACACACAUACACACACGCACACACACACUUGAGCUGACAGGAGGAAGCUUGGAGGUGUCGGACAGGAAGUGUCUCCUCCUCCUUAAAGAGCAGCUCCAUCUGCAGACAGGAAAACCAACUGAUUGUGUAACGGAUGUCCUAAACUUCGCCCACUUCCCGAAGUAUUAAAGGAGGAGAUGAUGUGGACUCGAUUAAGUAUCCUGCUUGUGUGUGUGUGUGUGUGUGUGUCAGCUCCUUUAAUAUCAGAGUCUGGAUCAGUGAUAAAAUUGAGACCAGGGGCCUUAUUUAUCAAACGUGCAUAGAAAAGGUUCUAAAUUCUGGCGUAGGAAUGAAAUUUAGAAUGUGCGUAAGUACAAAAAAAUCCAUAUUCAUCAAACGUGCGGACACCGGUCGUACGCACACACCUAAGUAAUCGGUGAUGAUAAAUCCCACCUGUUCUUUACUACCGUGCUCGUGCAUGGUUAGAGUCAUUUGCAUUCAGGAACGCCUCCAAUUGACCAUAUAUGGCAUCAACAAUCCCUUUAAAAAUGCGUGUAUGAAUGUUUUUCCUCCUCCUGGAGGUGCACACUCACAGCGCUGUUCUGCAGAAUGAAUGAGUCGUGCGUUCCUCCAGGCCACCAGGCAACAACGUUUAACAGAAUCAAAUGUGCAUCGCAGAUUAUUUGUGCAUUGAUUGAAUGAUAUCUUUUCCUGUUGACGAAUCUGAAUUUAUUGUGUGAAGGUACUUUUAUUGCGAUGUGGGUGCAAUCUAUGGCUCCAAUUGUGUUUGGGAAUCUGGCGAUGGCGUGAAAUCCUCGUUUUAUUUCGGCUUGUUGCUGAUGUGUGUUUGGGAACUGGAUGUAAAUUGAGGCCAGAGAAAUUAUUACAUCCAACUCGGCAUGAUUCUGUUUAGCGUUGGCUGCGAAAUAUCGCAUAUGUCUCAAAUCUCAUGCUGAAAUGUUCGGGUUAGGGUGGACAGGAGCUGGAUGUGCGCUGGGAUGGCUUUGGUGCGUUUUGUUUCUCGCUCCGACACAGGUAGUAAAUCACGGCGUAAAUCCAUUAAAAUGUUUUCGGGGAAGCGGUACCUGCUGAGAAUCCACUCUGAGUUCUCACUGAACAGAUCAGCACGGUCUUUGAAAACGCGCUCCCUGUGGAGGAGCAGACGCUUCUCCAAGUCCUCCAAUAGCGCAAAAUAAACCGUGAUACUUGUAUUUGUACGUGUAAGACUUCUUUUGAGGUUGUCCUGUCACAGCAGAUUUUUAUAGCUUGUCUCACCAAUCAUUCAAAAUGUCUGCUAAAUUACUAAUUGAUAAAUUUUGUAUAGAGGCAACGGGAACAUGUGUGAAGUUUGAGAUUGCAGAACGCUGUGACUCCUUUAAUGGGUUCUAUUUGUAGUUUUACUGUCCUACCACUAGGUUUUGUGUGUACGCAUGGUCAGAGUUGUGCUUAAAUUUACGCACGUUCCUAAGCACAAGUACAGGUUGAUAAAUUCCAGACUCUGCAUGGGAAUGUUCGUACGCACUCUUUACGCACACAUCUGUGUGUACGCAGGGUUGAUAAAUGAGGCCCCUGGUCUAGAGGGACCAGCUGAAGGUCUUCAUGGACCAGGAGGACAUCUGAGAUCAUGGUCUCCACCAAACCACCUCAUCACCUUACCUGAGCUACGAUUCGACAUUACUGCUGUUUUAAACAUUUGAAAGUACAAUGAGUAUUGUCCUAUAUAAAAUACACAGUUACUGUGAUCCUCUAUGUUUUAUAUAUAUAUAUAUAUAUAUAUAUAUAUAUAUAUAUAUACACUACCGUUCAAAAGUUUGGGGUCACAUUGAAAUGUCCUUAUUUUUGAAGGAAAAGCACCUUACUUUUCAAUGAAGAUAACUUUAAACUAGUCUUAACUUUAAAGAAAUACACUCUAUACAUUGCUAAUGUGGUAAAUGAGUAUUCCAGCUGCAAAUGUCUGGUUUUUGGUGCAAUAUCUACAUAGGUGUAUAGAGGCCCAUUUCAAGCAACUAUCACUCCAAUGUUCUAAUGGUACAAUGUGUUUGCUCAUUGGCUCAGAAGGCUAAUUGAUGAUUAGAAAACCCUUGUGCAAUCAUGUUCACACAUCUGAAAACAGUUUAGCUCGUUACAGAAGCUACUAAACUGACCUUCCUUUGAGCAGAUUGAGUUUCUGGAGCAUCACAUUUGCGGGGUCAAUUAAACGCUCAAAAUGGCCAGAAAAAAAGAACUUUCAUCUGAAACUCGACAGUCUAUUCUUGUUCUUAGAAAUGUUCUUCCAUGCGAGAAAUUGCUAAGAAAUUGAAGAUUUCCUACAACGGUGUGUACUACUCCCUUCAGAGGACAGCACAAACAGGCUCUAACCAGAGUAGAAAAAGAAGUGGGAGGCCGCGUUGCACAACUGAGCAAGAAGAUAAGUACAUUAGAGUCUCUAGUUUGAGAAACAGACGCCUCACAGGUCCCCAACUGGCAUCGUCAUUAAAUAGUACCCGCAAAACACCAGUGUCAACAUCUACAGUGAAGAGGCAGCUGCGGGAUUCUGGGCUUCAGGGCAGAGUGGCAAAGAAAAAGCCAUAUCUGAGACUUGCCAAUAAAAGAAAAAGAUUAAGAUGGGCAAAAGAACACAGACAUUGGACAGAUGAAGACUGGAAAAAAGUGUUGUGGACGGAUGAAUCCAAGUUUGAGGUGUUUGGAUCACAAAGAAGACUGUUGUGAGACGCAGAACAAAUGAAAAGAUGCUGGAAGAAUGCCUGACGCCAUCUGUUAAGCAUGGUGGAGGUAAUGUGAUGGUCUGGGGUUGCUUUGGUGCUGGUAAGGUGGGAGAUUUGUACAGGGUAAAGGGGCGUUCAGACCAAACGCGACCUGACGCGACUUGGCGACGGCUCCCAAUGCAAAGUCUAUGGCCAGCCGCGACCUGACGCGACUUGGCGACCGCCGGCUGCCUGCGACGCGACCUGACGCGACCUAGCGACCGGUCGCCAAGGCGCGUCGCCGAGGUCGCGUCGCCGAGGUCGCAGGAUGCCAAGUCGCGUCGCUCCCAAAGUUCAAAUAUAUGAACUUUGGGAGCGACUCCGUGCUGCGACAGCCAAUCAGGGCUCUGCUGACGUCAACAAACCGGCGAAACAAGGAAGAGGAGAAGAAGAAUCACAAUGGAGGAGCAGUUAAUCACAUCCGUUAGCUACCACCCGGUGCUAUACGACGUGGGUUGCGGUCUGUACCGGGACCGCAACGCCAGUGAAGAAGCAUGGGGGAAGGUGGCCCGUGAUAUCGGGCUUUCUGGUAAGCUUGUUUGUUUAGUUAUUUAUUUCAGUGAGCGGACUGUUUUAUGAAAACAUAGCUAACUGCCCCUGCUUGCUAGGCUACAUGUUUCAACGUAUGUGUGUGUGUCUUUGCAGAGGAUGUGUGCCGCAAGCGGUGGAAGGGGCUUAGGGACGUUUAUAUGAGGGACAGACAGAUAGACAGGCGCUCCGAAGCUGAGAUGGAGCGCCUGUAUUUCGUGUCCAGGCGGGAGAUGCUGCUUCCCACCCGGGCGAGGAGGUCCUCGAACUGCGCCGUCGACACACGGAAAUACCGCUGGAAGGGCCGUCGUCCAGGCGGAGUUCCUGGAGCAAGCGGUGAAAUUCACCCAGCUCCGUCCUCCUCCGGAUGGUUUCAUGCACCCAUAAACGCCGGCGGCGUCUACCUCCGGUAUACCUGCUCACCUUCGCUGCACUUUCGCUCCAUUUCCACGGCGUAAACGCCGGCGCCGCCGUGGCAAACGCAGCGGCCGGCUGGUGAAAGUUAAAUCUCUCUUGGCUCGAUCUUCCGUGGUUUCCCUGAGGAGAAAUGGAGUGGGAUCUGGUCUCUUUCCUCAUCUGCGAUCGCUGCACCCUGUCGACUCCUGGCUGGUACCGGUCGUCGGUUCGGAUGGGAUCGUCCGUCCCCGCGGCCCCUGCUCUCCUCGUCCCCGCCGGCGUGGGGUGAAUCCUCGCCAUCUACGGGCCCUGUGUCGGGCUCCGCGAUCAGCUGAUGCCUCGGAUGUGCCGAUCUCUGCCAGGUUCGGCCUAGUCAAUGCCAGAUCACUGGCAAACAAAACUUUUAUCCUGAAGGAUUUCUUCAUGUCCCGUGGAUUGGAUUUUCUCUGUGUGACGGAGACAUGGCUGAGUACCGGUGAGUCCAGUCCUCUUAUUGAACUCUGCCCGCCGGAUUGCUGCUAUUUUAAUUCCCCGCGGUCGUCUGGUCGAAAAGGAGGUGGAAUAGCAGUUAUUUUUAAAAGCGACUUUAAAUGCCGGCAGAUCAGCCUGCAUUUCCCAUUCACAAGUUUCGAAAUGUGCUUGUUUGAACUGGGCUGCUCUCAUGUUGUCCUGUGCGCCGUCAUCUAUCGACCACCCAAGUACAAUAAGGAUUUUAUAAGUGACUUUUCUGAAUUUCUGGCCGAAAUUCUGCCGAAAUACGACCGUGUCCUUAUUGUUGGUGAUUUUAAUAUCCACACUUGUUGCCCUGAAGAGCCGGUCUCCAGGAGCUUUUUAAAUCUCAUUGACUCUUUUAACUUCGUGCAGUCUGUGUCCGGUUCUACACAUAAUCUCGGGCACACACUAGACUUGGUGCUCUCGCAUGGUCUGUGUGUGUCUAACCUUGUCAUUUGUGACGCUGUUUUCUCGGAUCAUAUGCCGAUUUUAUUUGACAUCCCCACUCAGUGUCCGGUUAAACUGCGCGCUCCACCUAAACCGCGUCGCAUGUUUAACUCCUCCUCGCCUGCUCUGUUCUCAUCUACCUUCGUUGGUCUCUGCGAGGAUGACUCUGCAGCCCCUGUGUGUGUGGAUACUGAGGAACUGGUACUGAGAUUUCACUCCACCUGUUUACAAACACUGGACACGAUCGCUCCUCUGAAGACCCGGCGCACCAAACCUACACCCGAGCCCUGGUUGAACGACGUCACUCGUGCAGCCAGGCGUGAGUGCAGGAGGGCAGAGCGCAGGUGGAAAAAGGACAGUCUGCACGUGUCUCUUGGCAUCCUUAAAGAUAGUCUGAGGAAUUAUCAGAGGAUUGUGAAAGCUGAGAAGAAUAAAUAUUUCUCUGAAUUAAUUGCUUUUAACUGUAACAACCCCAGAGCUCUGUUCAAAACCAUAAACACUGUCCUUGAGGCUCCCAAGUCUCUUGGUUUUGAUGCCUCCACUGAAAUCUGUGAAAAAUUCCUCCACUUCUUCACUGAUAAAAUUAUGUCAACCAGAGCCUGUAUCUCUCAGCCAUCGUAUGACCCUUCAGCCCCUCUGCACCCCUCAUCUGUCUUCUCUAAAUUUGAGUCUGUGUCCCUCUCUAUUUUAAAGGACAUAGUCAGCCAUAUGAAGCCUUCUGGUUCCCCUGCUGAUGCCAUCCCCCCUCGCUUGUUUAAAGAGGUACUUGCUACUAUUGGACCAAGUGUCCUUAAUAUUGUAAAUUGUAGCCUCUCAUCCGGUACAGUACCUACGGAUUUUAAACAUGCUGUGGUACGACCUCUACUCAAAAAAACUGGCCUUGACCCAUCCCUCUGUGCCAAUUUCAGGCCCAUCUCAAAUCUGCCAUAUCUGUCCAAGAUUCUAGAGAAGGUUGUCUACAACCAGUUGUUACCAUUCUUGGAAGACAAUGGUAUCACAGAGUUGUUCCAGUCCGGUUUUAAAGCUCUCCACAGCACAGAGUCAGCACUUUUAAAGGUUUCAAACGAUAUUCUAAUGCCAACAGACUCUGGAAAGUUUGUUGUCCUUGUGCUCCUAGAUCUGUCUGCUGCAUUUGACACUGUUGACCACAGCAUUUUAAUCUCUCGCCUGGAGCACUGUGUGGGCAUUAAGAGUGUUGCCCUGGACUGGUUCCGGUCUUAUUUAAGGGACAGAAGUUUCUGUGUUCAAAUUGACAACUCUGCAUCCUCAACAGCUCCUCUUCCACAUGGGGUCCCCCAAGGCUCAAUCCUCGGCCCUCUUUUAUUUGCCUUUUAUUUACUCCCCCUUGGUUCUGUUUUUAGGAAACACGGCAUCUCCUUUCAUUUUUAUGCUGAUGAUUGUCAGAUCUAUCUCCCACUAGCACAGAACAACUCCAACUCAGUCCAACAACUCACUGACUGCCUUAAGGACAUUAAAGCCUGGCUUUCUUUUAACUUCCUCAGUCUAAAUGAGAACAAGACUGAAGUAAUGUUGUUUGGACCAAGUGGCGGCCACCCCCCCAACAUCGACCUAGGCUCCCUCUCACCCUACCUAAAAGAGGUCAUCACUAAUCUGGGAGUUAAAUUUGACCCGGAUUUUAAAUUUGAGAAGCAGAUCAGCGGAGUGGUACAAAAAAGUUUUUAUCAGCUACGUCAAAUAGCGAAGGUGAAGCCCAUUUUAUCAAGACCUGACCUGGAAAAAUUAAUCCAUGCUUUUAUAACUACCCGUCUUGAUUACUGCAACUCUUUGUACGUAGGGAUUAGCCAGGCUUCCCUUGCCCGCCUGCAGCUUGUGCAGAACUCUGCUGCACGUCUCCUGACACAGACCCGCAGGCGUGAGCACAUCACCCCCAUCCUGGCAUCCUUACACUGGCUCCCUGUUCAGUACAGAAUUCAUUUUAAGCUUUUAGUAUUUGUUUUUAAGGGCCUGAACAACCUUGCUCCACCCUAUAUUUCGGAGAUGCUCCAGCCUUA